AUGUCGGGCCCGGAGGACGACGCGACCGUCGUCGAGCGCGCGCGCGAGGAUCGCGAGGACGAGAAGAAAGUCGUCGACGCGCUGCGCAAGGACGGGACGUUCGAGAAGUUCCGCAAGCGCGUCAUGGAGGAGGACGAGCUGAAGGCGUACGUCGCGGAGGCGGUGACGAACUCGAAGACGCUCGGCUCCAGGCACUCGGCGCACAUGAGCGAGAAGGAGCUCGUUGACGCGCUGAGAGAGGAGAUGGAAGAUUCUCUCAUGACGCAGUUCGCGAAGCACGCGUGGGGGGCGAUGUGCGACGAGAGCGGCGGCAUCGGGAGGGAGAUGUACGAGGCCGUACACGAGAUGAGGGAGCGAGUGGCUCGCGAGGGCGAGCCGCCGCCGCCGCGAGAGUGA